AUGUUACAAAGAAUCAGAGAAGUCAUCACUAUUGCGAAUAGCCCAACCUCUGACCCUGCAAGUAAGAAACAAGCGUUAGACUUUUUAACAGAAGCUAGAUCCGAUCCAAACGCCGCCCAGCUUUUCUCGUCCCUAUUGACAGAUCUCCAAUCAGAUGAUCUUGCAAGAUUCGUUGCUUUACAAGUUUUAUGUGACAUAGUUAAAGAUUCUUCUAAUAAUAACUCUCAACAAUCAUUAAUUUUCAUUAAAGAUGUCGUCUCUGAACUUUUACAAACAAAAAUUACGAAUAAUAUUCGAGAUCCAGAGUACGUAAGAAAUAAAAUUUCAGAAUUAAUUACCGGCCUCUUUUAUAACAUGUAUGGAGAUUGUAACUCUAACCAUUGGUCAUCAUUUUUCCAAGAUUUAAUCACCCUUUCAAAGAUUGACUCAUUAACAAAAUCUCCGAUAGAUGAAUUUUCAAAAUUAGGUUUAGAUUAUUUCCUGAGGAUAUGUGGGUUUAUUAAUUCGGAAAUCGCAGAUCAAACUUUUAUAAGGUCCAAAGAAUUACAAAUUAAAAAUAAUAACUUAAAAGAUACCAUGAGAAUAAGAGACAUUCAAACACUAGUUACCAUCUGGUUAAAUACAUUAAAAGCAUCCAUACCGCAACAACUGCAACAACAAUCUAACGCAACUGGUAUUGUAGUUCUGACUUUGUCCGUUAUUGGUUCUUACAUAUCUUGGAUUGAUCUUUCCUUAAUUGUUAACCCAGAGUAUAUCUCCGUCAUUUACAGUUACCUAGACUUCCCAGGAACAAGAAUUGCAUGCGCUCAAGCCCUCUGUGAAAUUAUUGCUAAAAAGAUGAAGCCUAUGGAAAAGUUAAAUCUACUAUCAAUGUUGAACCUUACAGAUAAAGUUACAUCUUUAGAACACGACGAUAUAGAAGUUUACGAACAACUGGCAAAAUUAUCCGCAUCCGUUGGUCUGGAACUUUCAAUUAUUCUAGAACAAUGUAAUGAAGGUGAUUCAACACCUGAAAUACAACAGGUAGCAAACUCAGCUGAUCAACAAAUCUUAACACAAGUAGCGCCAUUAGUUUUCAAAUUCAUGUCUCAUGAAUAUGACUCAGUUACUCAACAAUGUUUCCCAUUUAUAUCACAAUACCUUUCCAUUUUGAAAAAAAUAUUUGCAUUAGGUGGUAAACCAGGUUGUGCCAUCGCGUUAAUGUCUAAGAAACAACCACUAGAUCCUCAACAUCAAGAAUUUAUCAUAUCCUUAUUGAAUAUUAUCUUUAAAAAAAUGAAAAUUGAUGAAUCAUCCGAUGAAGAUUCAGAAGAUGAAAUUGAAGAAUUUACUGAAACAAUUAGAUCCAAAUUGAAAAUUUUCCAAGAUAGUAUUGCCAUAAUUAAUCCUGCCAUCUAUUUAGAGAAUAUUUCUAAUCAUAUUCAAUUAUGUCUAGCGGAAACAGAUUGGAGAUAUUUAGAAUUAGGUAUUUAUCAAAUGACAAACUUAAGUGAAAGUAUUAAAAAUAAUCUUUUCGGUAUUACUAAAAACGAAAUCGCCUCAUCACAACCAACCAUGGUUAUGUUUAAAUUCAUGGAUAUAUUACUACGAAAUUCUGCAGUUUUCCAAAUCGAUAAUCAAUAUGUGCAAAUUUUAUUCUUCGAGUUGGUGGUAAGACAUCAUUCAUACUUAUCUGGUGAAAAGGAUGAUAUAGUUCUAUUAAAUAUAUUCUGUAGUAAUUUUGGAAUGUUUAAUAAAAGAGAAAAAGUAAGAUUAAGAACGUGGUAUCUAUUUACCAGGUUAUUGAAAACCACCAAACCAAAAUUCUCUGUAUCAGUAUUAUCCGAAAUAAUUGCCAAACUCGUACCCCUAUUACAAAUCAAAGUUAUUAACCUAAAUCAAGAUGGUACUGAAAGUGAUACUACUUUUGAUAAUCAAUUAUAUCUUUUCGAAGGGGUAGGUUUGUUAAUUGGAGGUAAUUCAGACUCCACAUAUAAUAUUUUGGAUGAAAUCUUAACUCCAUUAUUUACAGAAUUAGAAAAAUGUAUAUCUGCUCAAUCACAGGAUCGCGCUAUUAUAUUACAAUGUCAUCAUAUAUUAAUGGCUAUAGGCACUCUUGCAAGAGGUAUACAUGGUGGUUUGGUCCCGGAAAAUCAAGUUAAUAAUGCUUUAGUAUCCAAAAAAUUGAUAGACAGAUCCUUGAUUGAAAAAUUCUCCAAUAUAGCAGAGGUGGUGCUUGUAACUUUUUCAUACUUUAAUAAAUAUGAAAACGUGAGAGAUGCAUCAAGAUUUACUUUCUCAAGAUUAAUUCCAAUUUUAAAUAAUGAAAUGGUCCCAUUUGCAAAUAAGUUGAUAGCGUUGUUUCUUGAAUCAGAUUUGAAAAUGUUGGAAAUGAAUGACUUCCUAGGUUUCUUAGGCCAAAUGAUUCACAUGUUCCGCAAGGAUGAAGGUUGUUAUCAAUUAUUUAACGAGCUGCUUACACCAGUAAUUGCAAAGUACCAUGCUGUUCUAGAAGGAAUAGAAGAUGAAAAUACAAAAGGACCGCAAAGUUGGUAUCCUGAUAGCAGUAAUGUCAAAGAUACAAGUACCAAUGGUAAAAAUAUCGUCUUAACAGAUACAUUUAGAGACAAAGUCAUAAUGAGCAAGGCAUAUUUCGCUUUCCUUCAAACACUAAUAACAAAUUCUGUGACAUCGCUGUUAUUGACAGAAAAAACAAGACAAAUCCUACCCUCUCUCUUGACAGAAUUAUUAACUUACACCCCGGAAGAAGUUCAAGAAACGUCAGCCAUGAAAUUAGCAUUGAACGUCCUUAACAAUUUCAUUAAGUAUUUUGGUUCUGGCAAAUGUACAGAUCCAAAUGAUACCCACGCAGUUGGCUUAGAAAGGCUGGAUGGACUGAAUGAGUUUUUUAUCACUAAAAUAGUCCCAUUAGUCUUUGAAAUCCCAUUUAGACCAGAGUAUAAGUUUAAUGUUAAAGAAGGCGGCUAUAGAAUUGUUGCUACGGAUCUUUCACGUGCGUUGAAAGAAAUAUAUCUUCAAAGCGGAGGUGGGUCCGAUGUCAAUGCUAAUCCUUGUCUUAAAUAUAUGGUCGACUUGUAUUUGCCACAAAUUCAAUUUCCGCAACAAUUGAUCAUGGAAUUAGUAGAAGCUUUAAUAACAAGCGAUCAAAAAGGUUUUGAGAAAUACUACUUGACCUUAAUCGGUAAGUUAACUUCAUAG